AUGUUUAGUGAAAUUGGAUACACAAUUUUUCUACUACUUGCCCUGCCUUACAUAGAAAGUGCAUCGCGCCGCCUCAGCGAAUUCGUAGAACACUACGAGGAGGUGAGAUAUAAUGCAGAUGAAAUACAUCUUCAGCAUCUGCGUGCGCGUCGAUCCACAGAUCCGCCGGACCUGCGCAUCAACUUUUAUGCACACGGCCGCCACUUCAACCUUCGGUUGCGGCGCGAUCUAUCCUCCUUCAGUGAUGAUUUUAAGGUCCACGGCUCCCAAGGGGAACUGCACGAAGUGGAUACAUCACACAUAUACUCGGGCGAGGUGGACGAUGAUCCAAGAUCAGAAGUAUUCGGUUCGGUGACAGACGGAGUCUUCGAGGGAAAGAUCCUGCUGAGCGAUGGCUCUUUCUACGUGGAGCACGCAAAGAGAUACUUUCCUCAGAACAACACCAGGGGUCGAGUCCACUCGGUCAUCUAUCGAGAGGGGGAUGUCAUCGACCCAUACGCACAUAGGAGACACGGUCACGUUGGAGGUUGCGGAGUAACCGACGAAGUGGUCCAAUGGAUGGAGCGCAUCCAAAACUCUGGAGUGGACGACGACCCCCCCGCGUCGCCGCCUCCCUCUUCGUCUAGCACGCACAUGCACCAUCACCCCUCGUCACCGGUGCCAUCACACCCUAACAGUCUGAGAGACGAUCCGCCCAGACACUGGGAGCAUCAUCACAAUAAAUACUCGCGAGCGGCGAACGCUGGAGAACAUGCCAGAUCGAAGCGAGCCACCGAGUCCAAAGUGAAGAAUACCUGCUCGCUCUACAUACAGACUGACCCGCUAAUAUGGAAGCAUGUUAGAGAAGGCUUUCCUGACCACCUCGAUAGAAAUAAGAAGAACGAAAUUGACAUGAAGACUCGAGAGGAGAUCCUGUCGUUAAUCUCACACCACGUCACUGCUGUCAACUAUAUUUAUAGAGACACGAAGUUCGACGGUCGACGCGAACAUAGGAAUAUACAAUUUGAAGUUCAGAGGAUAAAGAUCGACGACGACUCGGCGUGCAAGAAGCACCCGUUCGCGACUGAAACCAAUCAAUUCUGCUGGGAAAACAUCGACGUUUCCAAUUUCUUGAACCUUCACUCCUUAGGAAAUCACGAAGACUUUUGUCUCGCGUAUAUGUUCACAUAUAGAGACUUCACCGGCGGCACUUUAGGUUUGGCUUGGGUAGCGAGUGCCAGCGGUGCCUCUGGCGGUAUAUGCGAGAAGUACAAAACUUACACGGAGACGACAGGCGGUUUGUACCAGAGCACCAAGCGAUCACUUAACACCGGGAUUAUCACCUUUGUCAAUUACAACAGCAGAGUUCCGCCUAAAGUUAGCCAGCUUACUUUGGCCCAUGAGAUUGGACACAAUUUUGGAUCACCUCACGACUACCCAUCGGAAUGUCGUCCGGGGGGACAGCAGGGUAACUACAUAAUGUUCGCUUCCGCUACAUCUGGGGACAGACCGAAUAACAGCAGGUUUUCCGCCUGCUCCGUUAGCAACAUUAGCGGGGUUUUGGACGCAGUGAGAGAUGGUAGGAAACGAGACUGUCUCAAGGAAAGCGCUGGUGCCUUCUGCGGAAACAAGAUAGUAGAAGUGGGAGAGGAGUGUGAUUGUGGAUACGAUGAAAUCGAAUGCAAGGAUCGCUGUUGUUACCCGCGACAAGUGAGCCAGUAUGACUUGGAACGCAACAUAUCCGCCAAAGGUUGUCAGCGACGCGCCAACACCCAGUGCAGUCCGUCGCAAGGGCCGUGCUGUCACGCCCAAACAUGUCAAUUCGUGUUGGCCUUCCGAAAUCAGACGUGCCGCGAAGCCACCGAGUGCAGUCAAGCGUCCAUCUGCUCUGGGAAGUCCGCCGACUGCCCGGAACCGCAAGCUCUGCCCGAUCACACGGAAUGUAACAAUGGAACCCAACUAUGUAUAAAGGGCGAAUGCAGCGGAUCGAUCUGCCUCGCGUGGAAUAUGAAGGAGUGUUUCCUGUCCUCGUCACCCACGAAAAUGGGCGACGGGGUGACGGCAGUCGUGGACCGUCGAGCGCUCUGUCAACUGGCCUGCCAAACGGGGCCGGAGCCGGAGUCGUGUCGCAGCACGGCUGAUUUCGCCAAGUCAGUUGGCCUUCCCCCUGGGGGGAUCAGUUUACGCCCUGGUUCACCGUGUGACAAUUUCCAGGGCUAUUGUGAUGUGUUCCUGAAGUGUCGGGCAGUUGACGCUGAAGGUCCUUUAGUUCGUCUCAAGAAUUUACUCCUUAAUAAGGAGACGUUAAUAACACUACAAGAGUGGGUCACAGAAAAGUGGUGGGCAGUAUUACUCGGUGGUGUGUUGCUUGUGGUGCUCAUGGGCGCUUUCGUUAAGUGUUGCGCCGUACACACACCAUCGUCCAAUCCGAAGCGACCGCCGGCCAGGCGUCUGUCGGAAACACUACGUCGUCCCAUGAACACACUACGCCGUAUGCGCGGAAACAGCGCGGGAGGAGAAGCGAGGCGCGCAGGGCCCCAGCCGCCCCGACCUGGACACCGGCGCACACGCAACCAUAAAGGUUAUGCGCCUCCUCUUACGUACACGGCGAGGGAUCUCGCUAUAAGCGGGCCAGGUCCGAGCGGGCGCCGUGAGCCGUACGCAAAAGCGUAUCCGCAAUCGUACGAAAUGCGCCCCGCCCACAAGGUCUGA